AUGAGCACCUCAAAUUCCCACAACAACUACCUCAAAAUUCUCCAAAAAGCCCAAAAGCGAUCAAGGAAGAACACCUUAAGUUUUGAUGGCACAAGUAAGAUCAAGAAGAAAGGUGCCAAUAUUCUUGCACGAAGUGUCAAUAUCUCCCAAAUGCCUUAUCAGAAUGUUCAAGGUUGUCAUGAUGGGAAGGAAAUAAAGGAGUGACAAAUAAAGUUCCCGAAGAUUUCUUUGGCAACAAACCACACUAAUGCCUCAAAGCAAGAAAGUCAGAAUAAUGGCAGAAAGAUAUGCAUAAAUGCUAAGCAAAGUUUUAUGAGCAAGCUAAAUAGAGCUACAAUUAAGAUAAAAUAAAGGGUUGAUGAAGCAAAGAUUUUACAAAGGAAUACCAAAUAAUAGUUCCAAACUUUGGAAACCUAACAAGUCCCAAUCAAGAUAUGCAGAGGAUGAAUCUUGCUUCAAUCUCCUUCCCUCAUCAAUGGCAAAGAAAUCUUAUCUGAGGAAUGAUGCAAUUCCUCAUAAAGAGCAAGUUUAUAUCCUCCUUUCAAGUGUGAUAAAAUAACAACUGCAUUGACAAGUUCAGGGAGAAACUUGGCCUGGGUACAACUCCUUACGGGAAACUAAUAUCCUCUGAAAAGGAACAGAAAAAUCCUCCAAAGAAAUCAGGAAGCAGAAUUAAACUUUGAAAAAGAAAUGAAUUCUCUGAUUCUAUCCUAAACAGCAAGAAAUGCCUAAAAGCCUACAAGAUUUCACGCAAGAAGCAGAGGUACUCGAUCAGUGACUUCAGGAGAUCAGAAGAUUAUGAUGGGUGGAAGAUCUAACGGCCUAAAUGCUCCUGAAGAAAAGUUGUUGCUACUCUAAACUUUAUUCAACAAAGCCCAAU